AGCAAAGGAAGAGAGAACAGGCAAGUGUGACACUGUCGUUGUUAACGCUCGGCUCACAGACGCCCCCCCCUCCCCUCAUACAACACACAUAACCGCCACGGAGAGGGAACUGGUUUACGUCCCUACUGUUUCUGCUUUGCGGAUGUUUUGGUCUAAAUGGAUGAGCAGAGCAAAGAGGAACAUGUGCUCACGGGUCUAGAUGAGGAGGCAAUAGUUGACCAUGGAAAGACCAGCUUCACCACUCUUUCAAACUAUGAGACAGAAGAUUUGGAAAGUCACAGAGCAGUCUACGUAGGGGUCCACGUUCCACUCGGAAGGGGGAGCAAACGGCGACACCGCCACAGAGAACGCAGACAUCACCGGAAGAAGAAGGACAGAGACUGUGAGGAAGGAAAGGAAGAUGGAAGAGAAUCCCCCAGUUAUGACACACCUUCACAGAGAGUUCAGUUCAUCUUAGGAACUGAGGACGAUGACCUCGAGCACAUCCCACAUGACCUCUUCACUGAGCUGGAUGAGCUGUCCUUUAGACAUGGUGGCGCAACUGAGUGGAGAGAGACCGCCAGAUGGUUGAAAUUUGAAGAGGAUGUGGAAGACGGUGGAGAGAGGUGGAGUAAGCCCUACGUUGCCACAUUAUCACUACACAGCUUAUUUGAACUACGCAGCUGCAUACUGAAUGGCACAGUCAUGCUGGAUAUGAGGGCCAACAGCAUUGAGGACAUUGCAGACAUGGUCAUAGACAACAUGGUGGCAUCUGGCCAGCUGAAGCAGGAUUUGCGUGACAAGGUCCGGGAAGCAAUGCUCAAGAAGCACCACCAUCAGAAUGAGAGGAAGCUCAGCAAUCGCAUCCCUCUGGUGCGCUCCAUUGCUGACAUAGGCAAGAAACAUUCUGACCCGCUCUUGCUUGAAAGAAACGGAGAGGGCCUAUCCUCUUCACGCCUCUCUCUCCACAAGCCAGGGUCAGCCUCCUCCGUCUCCAACCUGUCCCAGAGACACGAGUCAAGAGUCUCCGUUCUACUCAACAGCCUCCUGCCCUCCUCCUCCUCCAACACUGGGCUGUCUCCUGGCCCCUCUCCCCUCAACACCCCUCAAAACACUCCUUCAUCUUUUCGCCGCUCCCAUCUAAGCCCAUCACAAACCCGUUGCACGGGCCCUGGCCCUCAGGGCAUCCCGGAGGUGGUUGUAUCUCCUCCCGAGGAUGACGAGCCGGCUAAUUCUGCAGAGGAGGACGCAGUAUCUCCACAACUCACCCAGCGAACGUACUCGGCAUCCCAGAACCAUGAGCUGCUGCCCUUAGAAGGACCAAUGGUGUCGCCGCACUCUCUCCCAAACAAUCUGGAUGGAAACAAGGCGAUGGAGAGGAGGCCGUCUAAAGUAGGGGUCAGUAGAGAAAGCAGCAGUGUGGACUUCAGCAAGGUAGACAUGAAUUUCAUGAAGAAGAUCCCUCCUGGUGCUGAGGCCUCAAAUGUGCUAGUUGGAGAAGUGGACUUUUUAGAGAAGCCCAUAAUUGCAUUCAUACGGUUAUCACCGGCAGUCCUUAUCACAGGGCUCACUGAGGUGCCAGUUCCCACAAGGUUUCUUUUUCUCCUUUUGGGUCCACAUGGGAAAGGACCACAAUACCAUGAAAUUGGCAGAUCAAUGGCAACACUAAUGACAGAUGAAAUUUUCCAUGAUGUGGCUUAUAAAGCCAAGGACCGAACAGAUCUGCUGUCUGGAAUAGAUGAGUUUCUUGAUCAGGUGACUGUCCUGCCCCCUGGUGAAUGGGACCCCACCAUCCGAAUUGACCCCCCGAAAAAUGUCCCAUCUCAGUCAAAGAGAAAGAGACCAUCGCACCCUAAUGGUAAUGCACCUCCAGCUGGAGAGCUGGAAAAAGAGGACGAUCACCUUGCAGGACCUGAGCUUCAAAGGACUGGGAGGAUUUUUGGAGGUUUGGUCCUGGAUGUGAAGCGGAAAGCGCCCUUCUACUGGAGUGACAUUAAGGAUUCGCUCAAUCUUCAGUGUCUAGCGUCUGUCCUUUUUCUCUACUGCGCCUGCAUGUCCCCUGUGAUCACAUUUGGAGGUCUUCUUGGAGAGGCGACGAAAGGAAACAUAAGUGCAAUAGAGUCCCUGUUUGGAGCAUCACUGACAGGAGUGUCGUACUCACUCUUCGCAGGACAGCCGCUUACAAUUCUUGGCAGCACAGGGCCCGUUUUAGUGUUUGAAAAGAUUCUCUUCAAGUUCUGCACUGAUUAUGGGCUGUCCUACCUGUCACUGCGGACCAGCAUUGGACUGUGGACGGCGUUUCUGUGCCUUUUGCUGGUGGCCACAGAUGCAAGCUCACUGGUCUGCUACAUUACCCGCUUCACAGAGGAGGCCUUUGCAGCCCUCAUCUGCAUCAUCUUCAUCUACGAGGCCUUGGAGAAGCUCUUUCACCUUGGAGAAUAUUACCCCGUCAACAUGCACAACAAUUUAGACAAUCUGACUUUUUACUCGUGUCAGUGCUCUCCACCAACCAAUGCUUCUGAUCAGCUCUUGCAGCGCUGGAACCAAACCGGAUACGACAGUUCAGACUCUGUCCCAUGGAGCAGCCUCAAUGUUUCGAUGUGUAAACUGCUCCACGGGGAAUUUAUGGGUCCUGCCUGUGGUCACCAUGGUCCUUACAUCCCAGAUGUUCUUUUCUGGUCCAUUAUCCUCUUCUUCACAACCUUCUUCUUAUCUUCGUUCCUCAAGCAGUUUAAGACGGAGAGAUACUUCCCCACCAUAGUACGUUCCACUAUCAGUGAUUUUGCUGUGUUUAUAACCAUCAUGGUCAUGGUGGCGGUGGAUUAUCUGAUGGGGAUCCCGAGUCCUAAACUGCACGUUCCUGAUCGCUUUGAGCCAACAUCAAAGCACAGAGGCUGGCUAAUUGACCCAUUAGGAGAAAACCCCUGGUGGACACUGCUGGUGGCAGCAGUUCCUGCUUUACUCUGCACCAUCCUCAUCUUUAUGGACCAACAGAUAACCGCAGUCAUCAUCAAUCGCAAGGAGCACAAGCUGAAGAAAGGUUGUGGCUACCACCUGGAUCUGCUGAUAGUGGCAAUAAUGCUGGGGGUGUGCUCCAUUAUGGGCUUGCCAUGGUUUGUGGCUGCGACUGUCCUGUCCAUCUCCCAUGUUAACAGCCUGAAGGUGGAGUCCGGCUGCUCCGCGCCGGGAGAACAGCCCAGGUUUCUGGGCAUUCGGGAACAGCGAGUCACUGGAUUCAUGAUUUUUACCCUCAUGGGCUGCUCUGUUUUUAUGACCUCAGUGCUGAAGUUUAUUCCCAUGCCUGUUCUGUAUGGAGUCUUUCUAUACAUGGGUGCCUCUUCCCUCAAAGGUAUUCAGUUCUUUGACAGAAUCAAACUGUUUGGCAUGCCUGCGAAGCACCAGUCUGAUCUGAUCUACCUGCGCUACGUGCCGCUGUGGAAGGUCCAUGUGUUCACCUUAGUGCAGCUCACCUGUUUGGUGUUACUUUGGGUAAUAAAGGCCUCUGCAGCUGCUGUCGUAUUUCCUAUGAUGGUUUUGGCUCUUGUGUUUAUCCGAAAGCUUCUAGACUUUAUGUUUACAAAGAGAGAGUUGAGCUGGCUGGAUGACCUGAUGCCAGAAAGCAAGAAGAAGACAGAGGACGACAAGAAAAAGAAAGCACAAGAAAAGCUGGAGGAGGAAUCCAGACUGGAGGAAGAGGAGGAGUGCAAACUGAAGGUCUGCUUUGACGGCUCAAACCAGCUGACCAUCCCAGUGAACUCUUUCUCAGGGAGUUCUGAUUCUGAUGCCUUGGUUGUAAAUAUCUCUGAUGAAAUGGUCCAAACCGCAGUGUGGAAAGCAGUGAACUCGAAUGCAGAGUUCUGUGUCCAGCCUGUGAGGCGUUCAGGAAGCCAAGAGAAGGUGGCCUGUGUUAGAGUAGAUGUCAGCCCAGAUUCUCCAGGAGAGGGCUCCACUACAGAGACCUUCCUGUGAUAAAGGAAGGUCCAUCUACUCUCCUGAGCCCUCAACACUUUCCUCAGAUGGUGCCCCGUCAACAGGGCAAAGAGCGAGACUGAGCUGGAGCAGCACAACCCAUCUGCAGGGAAACAGACAAGCUCCCACAAAAGCUGAGAGUUUUACAUGUUUAGCACAUGUGCCAGGGUGCACAUCAUAUCAUACAUCUAGAAUACAUAUAAAGCAAUUCUAAUGUUCACAGUUUAGGGAUUCUCUAAAUCUAGCCAGUUUUCCUCCACUGUUUGAAACACAGAUUCCAAAGGUAGGCACUAGUGAAGAUCUGACAGAAUUUUGCUUUCAUUUAGUGUUUAUUGUUAAUCCAGCUUUACUGGUAACAUUUAACCCAGUGAUAGUACUGUACGUGUUUUAUUUUACCUCAUAGUUUUAUUGAACAGCAGCUUCAAUAUUUAUUUUACAGAGAUACACCUUGAUCCGCAAUCCGGGGAUUUUCUGCUUAAUCAACCCUGACUGGUAACCAGCAGAUCAGAAACAAAGAAAUCCAGUUGUUCAUUAAUUAGUGAACAUAUCAAACCUAACUACUACCAGGUUGCAGUAACAAGACUCUAGUAUUACUGAGAAGAAGACUUAAAAGUUAGCUAAUUAUGAUUCAUUAAGAUCUUGAAAAAUGAAGCACAAAAACUUAAACUAUACGAUCUACAUAGAUGGGUUGGUUGAUCAUUCAGGGCUGCCACAAGAGAGAAAGACUUAAGAGAUGGAAGAUGGAAUGCAUUGUAGCAAAGUUAAGCUCUUUUGUCUUUGAGAUUUCAACAUCUUUCUGUCUUGGAACAAAUAUUAUAAGUGUUAGUGAGGUAUCAAAGGAAGCACACAUAUUUAAGAAGCUUUUUUGAAAGAUUUGUUUUAUUUUUCUAUUUGCCAAGACAUGCCACGCUGUGAGAGAGGGCAAGACUUUCUGCAGACAGCAGGAAGGCUGAACCGAGUCCAGCAAUGACGAUCUGUUUUACCCUUUUGAGCUCACAGCAUCUGUCUAAGGAGACUAUUGUUUUAAUGAUGCGAACUGUGCUAAUGGCUAAUACAAGAUGCUAAUGGCAGUUUAAACUAUUAACUCUGUAAUCAUUUUCUUCUAUUUACAGUGAUUGCUAUCUCGGAAAGAUAUUUUAACAAGUUCUUUUGUCUUCUUAUAUCAUAGAUCUUUAAAAGAAAAUAGGAAUCUGCUCAAAUCUGCAUCAGCAGGUCAGAGCUUUACCAAAGUCAGAGAUCAGAAACUGGCCACAAAACUCUGACUGGUGCAUCUCUUGACAAAAUCCAUUAAAGUAUUACCCACUCUAAAGCUAAUUCAGACUACUACUGCACUAUAACAAUACACUGUAAAACCAUUGGAUUUACUCAGCAACCAUCCCUCCUGUGUGCUGGGAGCCCACAGCUCAUAGUGGAUGUUAGUAUUUUAUCUGUGUGUGUGUGUGUGUACUGUACUCUUCAUCUGUGUUAUCGUAGAAAAGAGGUCAUAUAAAGUCUGUACUGUACAGGAAGCACUUUGACUGUAAUCUUUAUGACUUAAAGCAGAUUACAUUGUUUAACUUCCUUUCCUAUCAUUUUUUUUAGAGAUGUACAAAUACAAUUCGAGAGUGGUAAAUGAUUUUAGUCUUUUUUUGUCACAAAGCAGUGAUAACUACGUGCCCUCUGUUUUUCCUGUUGUUGCUGCCAUCAUAAAUAUUUUAAUAAGUAAUAAAGUAUAUCAAGGUGCAAAAUUUGUGGACCGCAGUUAUAGUUGCACUUGUUUUUAUACUGCCUGUAUAAUUGCAAAUAUCACUGUGUUGUAUUAAAAUGUCUAGCGUUUAAAAUGGUUUUAUGCAAAAUAUUUUUACUGUAAAUGUAAAAAGUCUGAUGUUGUAGAAAUUGGAUUUCAUUUUUGCAAAGUGCAGUCCUGUUUUAGCAAUAAAUAUUCUCUAGACUUUGGAGUCUCAAACACCUCAAAUAUUCUGCCACAGAAUAUUUCCGUGCAACAUUUUGUGCGUCUGUUUCAUGGGCUUUGUGUGUAGCGACUCAGCAAACGACAGCUCAUGGUGCCUUGUUGAUGCUCUUUAUGUGCAAGUGUUGUGUACUGGUUCACGUGAUGGCGCGCAGAUUCCAGAGAGGGGCUGUUACAUCCAUCCCACAGCUGUGUCGCAGAGGCUUCUGUCUGUCGUCGUGAUGUCCCAUGUCUUUCCCAAAAACAUGGACUUUUGUCUGUUUUCCUUUUAAAAUGUAACUAAAUGAUGUGUUUCUGUGUCACAGCCCUGGUAUGAGCUCACCACCAAAAAAAAUUAAGAAUAUUGAUCUAAGGUUUAUUUAAAUAAUCAGUGAAUGUCAAAUUAUUGCGGUGUCAAUGUCAAAUAUAAAUGUGUAUAUUUACCUGUUUUGCUGAAAAAUUAGACCAGUUGAGUACUUUCAGAGUUAUAUAGAAUAUGUAAAUGAUGAAAGACCCUAUUUUCACAGUAUCAUUACUAAUGAGAAUGUAUCUGAAUGCAACGUCUCCUAAAGAAAGUGAUGUUCAGCCAUCUAAAUCACUUAGUAAAAAUGUAUUUCUACUGAUGAACAGACCAUAAGUGAUUCUGUUUGCUGACUUCUUCUGUUAUGGCUGAUUGUUGCAAAGCAAUAAAAUGAACUCUUGGGGA